AUGAAUAACGCAAAUCACUGGCUGUCCAAAUAUGCUAAGGAAUAUAAAAUUAAAACUGGACUUGAACAGCUUUAUCCAGGAUCAUUAAAUGUUCGGUUAAUUUCACCACAGUAUUAUAAAUUAUUAUCCAGUGAAGGUAAAAUUAUUAUAAUUGAGAAAGAAGAAUUUGGUUGGCAAAGACAAAUUAUUAUGAAACCUUGUCGUGUCUUUAAUCGUCUUGCUUAUAUAUGGAGAACAAAUAAUGGUGAACGUGAUGAUACUGAUUUACUUGAACUAAUUACAGACUGUAAAUUAAGAGAUGAAUAUGGGGUUCGAGAUGGUGAUGAAAUAAUUGUAGAAGUUGAUGAGUGUGUCAAAGAAUCAAUAGAUUAA